AUUGGUCCGUUGGAUUUCCCCACAUCCACCAUUGCCAGUUUGCCACCUAGCGAGACCAGGGCGAUGGCGGCUGCCACUCUCUCCACCCUCCCUCGCUCCUCUCCUCCUCCUCGCUCCUUGAUCCCCAUCAUGGCCUCCGCUUCCUCCGCCGCCGAUCCCAAGCUCAGCCAGAGCGGCCAUGGCCUCCGCCUCCCCGAGCCCCCGGAGGCCUCCCUUUCGUCGCUCGAGGUCGUCGGCGCUUGCCGCUCCCUGCUCUCCCGCUUCGCAAGCCUGCAACGCCCCUACAAGCCCUUCCCUUUCCUCGGGUGGAACCGCCACGUCGAGACAAUCUUCGCCGCCUUCUUCCGCUCCCUCCCCCGCGUCGCCCUCCGCCGGGAGUGCCUGAGGACACGGGACAACGGCGCCGUCGCCCUCGAUUGGGUCUCCGGCGACGAGCUGCAGCUGCCCAUUGAUUCCCCGGUUCUCAUUCUUCUGCCUGGGCUUACAGGAGGGAGUGAUGAUACGUACGUCAGACAUAUGCUUGUACGUGCUAGAAAUAGAGGAUGGCGUGUUGUUAUAUUCAAUAGUCGUGGCUGUGCAGAUAGUCCUGUUACAACUCCUCAGUUUUAUUCAGCCUCAUUUACAGAAGAUCUCUGCCAAGUAGUUGAUCAUGUUUCAACAUGCUAUCCUAAGUCAAAUAUAUAUGCGGUUGGGUGGUCUCUUGGAGCAAAUAUUCUAGUUCGCUAUCUUGGUCAGGAAUCUCGUAAUUGUCCUCUUUCUGGGGCAGUAUCCUUAUGUAAUCCUUUCAAUUUGGUAAUUGCAGAUGAGGACUUUCACAAGGGCUUCAAUAACAUAUAUGACAAAGCUCUUGCCAGAGCUCUGCAAAAAAUCUACAGAAAGCAUGCACUUCUUUUUGAAGGUCUUGGUGGUGAAUACAAUAUUCCCAUGGCUGCUAAUGCUAGGUCUGUCAGGGAGUUUGAUGAAGGAUUAACACGCGUUUCAUUUGGUUUCAAGUCAGUAGAUGAUUAUUAUUUCAACUCAAGCAGUUCAAGAUCCAUCGAGAAUGUCUGUAUACCUUUAUUGUGCAUACAGGCUGCCAAUGAUCCAAUCGCACCAUCAAGGGGAAUUCCUCGUGAAGAAAUCAAGGGAAACCCGCACUGCCUGCUAAUAGUUACUCCACAAGGUGGCCAUCUCGGUUGGGUAGCAGGGGAGGAGGCUCCAUUUGGAGCUCCUUGGACUGAUCCUGUGGUAAUGGAGUUCCUGGAGCAUCUUGAUAAAGAAAUUUCAGCCAGCAACAAAAGCAGCAGAAAUAUUCUACUGGAUGGUGUUCCGCAAACUUCACCAUCUCUGUCAGUACACAUACAAUGAUUAAAUCUAAUGACCAUGUAGCAUCUCCAUUCCAUGCAAUGACAUUUCACCAUGAUUGGAUUUCUAUCACAUGGUAGUGUCUGAAUUAUCGACAUGUAGAGAUCGCCCCAUAGAUGUAUAUCAAUCAUUUUUUCCCCAUCAUCCAUGAGCUAUCUGCCCAUUUGAAGUAAAAGAGAAGUUCGUAUACAA